UUAAAACACAAGGUAUGUUGGAGCACUCUAUAAAGGUGCCGAGGUCGUACAAAGCCGCAGCCAGAAUCCUAAAAACCUCCAAGCUCGAUGGAAAGGGCGUCAAGAAUGUCCUCUAUGAUCUGGGCUCCAAAGAGAAGAAUCUCAAAAUGAUCUAUGCUCUAGUUAUGGAGACAAUGAAACGCUUUGAGUUGAUUGAUCGCAUGAUGAAAGAGAGUGAGCUGUUAGAGAAGGAGCCCAGGUUCGAUCCUUGGCUGGCAAGGAUUCUGAUUACAGAGCUGGUGUGGAGAAAACAGAGUCUGCCUGGAGAGAGCAAACCCAUUCAGACUGUACUGGCCUAUGAGCAGAAACUGAGGGCAGCUUGUGCUGAUGACGCUGAGCCAGAAAUUGAGGACGUUGCUGAAGUCGAAAUUCCGAGGUACGUUCGGGUUAACACGCUGAAGGUGAGCACUCAGGAGGCAAUCGGGAAUUUCUGCGAUGACGGAUGGUCUCUGGUGUAUCAUGAAGACAAGUCCGAUUACCGAGGAUUUCUUGAGAGGAUCGGCAAUCUUGAGGAGUACGAAUUUAUGGUGGAUUUGCAUUUGGAGGAUGUCCUCAUUUUUCCGCCGCGCACCGAAUUCUUCCGGCACGCAGGAUACAGGGACAACCUUAUUAUUCUUCAGGAUAAGGCGAGUUGUCUUCCGGUGAAGCUUCUUGAGGCGCCGAAAGGCAGUACCGUUCUGGAUAUGUGCGCCGCACCGGGCAAUAAGACCACGCAGAUUGCGGCUACCAUUGGAGAUGAGGGUGUUAUUUACGCGGUGGAACGAAGCAUGGAGCGAAAAGUCACGCUGGACAAGAUUGUGGAGUCGUCGGGUGCGACCUGCGUGAAAACCAUCUGCAAGGACGUGCUCAACAUCAAAGGAGAGGAUGUUCCCGGCGUCGAGUACAUAUUGGUUGACCCAAGUUGCUCGGGGUCGGGUAUUAGGUCUCAUGUGAACGGCGGAGAAGAGGUUGGUGGAAAUGUUGCGUUGGCCGCCAGACUGCGUAAGCUGGCCAACUUCCAGAUUCUCAUUCUAAAGCAUGCGAUGCGCGCUUUCCCUCUUGCCCGACGCGUCGUUUACUCAACUUGCUCUAUAUACCCGGAGGAGAACGAAGAAGUGGUGCAAGACGUGAUCCGGAGUAAUCCAAAUUUCAGAUUAGUCAACGCCGGAGAUCUUCUGCCCGCAUCUUGGAUCAACUUCGGUACUGGCCCGGUCGGCGAGAAAUGCAUCUACUGCAGGCCCAACAUCGAUCGCACUAGCGGCUUCUUCGUCGCCGUCUUCGAGAAGGUGCAGGAGGGAGAAGUCAAUGAAUUUUUUAAACCCAGAGAACCUACAGCCAACGCCAAUGACCCCAACUCUAACAGCGGUGAUAAACGCAGAAAUAGGAGGAGAUUUCUUAAUGGCACUGUUGAGUUACCUCCAGAAAAUGUAGAUCAAAUUCAAAAGAAUACAAAUGAAGAACAAGAAAGUAAUACCAAUAAGAAACGUAAGAUUGAACAUGUAGAGAAUGAAACGGAAUUUGGAACUAAUGUAGCAUUGAGUAAGAAAGAUAAGAAGAAAAAGAAAAAAAAUACUGGAAAUGAAAAUAAUUGCGAUACAGUUGAUGCUAAUGAAAUAGAAGAUGUAAAUGAUGUUGAAAUUGGCGAAGAUACUGCAAGCAAGAAAGAGAAGAAAAAUAAAGAUAAGAAUUCUGUUGAAGAGACUGACGUAUCUAAAGCCAAAAUAAGUGACGAUAAAUUAAGUAAGAAAGAGAAGAAAAAAAGGAAAAGGUUGGCUGAAAAUGAAAAAGAUGAAGAUUUUAAACAAACUGAAGAAGAUGUAACCAUCAGUGAAGACAAAAUGAGUAAGAAAGAAAAGAAGAAGAGGAAACUGCAAACUGAGCAGAGCGAAACGGAUUUUUCGAAAAGUACAAAAGAUUCGGAAGUAGAGGAUUCAAGUUGUGUGCAAACUAAUGACGAUAAAUUGAGUAAGAAGGAGAGGAAAAAGAAGAAGAAAAUGGAAUUACAAAAUAUUAAUGAUUCUGUUGUGGAAGCAGACAUAACUAAUGUGCAAAUAGACGAGGAAAAAUUGUCCAAGAAAAAGAAGAAGAAAUCGACAAAAAAUGUCGAAGAAGUUGUCGACGAGCAGACAGAACAAAAUGCUUCUAAAAAAGAUAAAUCGAAGAAGAAAAGCAAAUAACUGGAAUUGUUAUGAUGUUUGUUACUUGUUUCUUUAUAUAAAUUGACUUGUUUUUAUUAAACUUCCAACGUUAUUCGUCGAGAAUACAUUUUAUUUCUUUAUUUAAUAUUUUGACUAUAUGAAUUAUAGG